UUUUUUUUUAUAAAAAUGAACCAAAUUAGAUUUAUAUUAAUAAUAUGAUCACAUAACAAGAAAAGAGAAGUACUAGAAGAUAAGAGCUAAACCAAACCUAUCCACCUCAAAAUCAAAUGUACUUUAUUCUUGUUUAUGGCCUAAAAUCCCCUCCUUAUAUUACCAGAAAGUAUAGAGAAAAGGCAAAAAGCUAAAGAUUACUUACAACACCCUUGGUCUGCUCAGAGGAGAGAGAGAGAGAGAGUUUAUGAUUUGGUUUGUAAAUUUUUUUUGGAGAUGUCAGGUGGUGGGUGUAGCAUAGUAUGGUUUAGAAGAGAUCUGAGGCUAGAAGACAACCCAGCUUUACAAGCUGGAGUGAGAGCAGGUGCUGUGGUUGCUGUUUUCAUAUGGGCACCUGAAGAGGAAGGCCACUACUACCCUGGAAGAGUUUCAAGGUGGUGGCUUAAUCACAGUUUGGCUCACCUUGAUUCCUCUUUGAGAAGCCUUGGCACUUCUCUCAUCACCAAAAGAUCCACUGACACUAUUUCUUCUCUACUUGAGGUUGUUAAGUCCACUGGUGCUAGUCAACUCUUCUUCAACCACUUAUAUGAUCCUUUGUCACUUGUUAGGGAUCACCGUGCAAAGGAGGUUUUAACAGCUCAAGGCAUAGCUGUUCGUUCCUUCAAUGCGGAUUUGCUCUAUGAACCUUGGGAUGUUAAUGAUGCCCAUGGCCGCCCAUUCACAACUUUUGCUGCCUUUUGGGAAAGAUGCCUCAGCAUGCCUUAUGACCCCGAGUCUCCACUUCUUCCACCCAUGAGGAUAGUUUCAGGUGAUGUAUCAAGGUGCCCUUCUGAUGCAUUAGUGUUUGAGGAUGAAUCAGAGAAGGGAAGCAAUGCACUCCUUGCUCGAGCAUGGUCACCUGGGUGGAGCAAUGCUGAUAAGACUCUGACUACAUUCAUCAAUGGACCAUUAAUAGAGUAUUCUAAAAAUCGCAGAAAAGCUGAUAGCAAUACAACCUCACUUCUAUCUCCCCACUUGCAUUUUGGGGAGGUGAGUGUGAGAAAAGUAUUUCAUCUUGUCCGUAUCAAGCAGGUUCUGUGGGCCAAUGAAGGCAACCAGGCUGGGGAAGAGAGUGUCAACUUGUUUCUGAAAUCUAUUGGUCUUAGAGAAUAUUCUAGGUACUUUUGUUUUAACCAUCCAUAUAGUCACGAAAGGCCUCUUCUUGGGUACCUUAAGUACUUCCCUUGGGUCGUGAAUGAAGGUUAUUUUAAGGCAUGGAGACAAGGUAGAACUGGUUAUCCAUUGGUGGAUGCUGGCAUGAGAGAGUUAUGGGCCACUGGCUGGCUGCAUGAUCGAAUACGAGUAGUGGUUUCUAGUUUUUUUGUGAAGGUUCUGCAACUUCCAUGGAGAUGGGGAAUGAAGUAUUUCUGGGAUACACUCUUAGAUGCAGAUCUUGAGAGUGAUGCUCUUGGUUGGCAGUAUAUAUCUGGUACUCUUCCUGAUGGCCGUGAAUUUGACCGCAUAGAUAAUCCACAGUUUGAGGGUUACAAGUUCGACCCUCAUGGAGAAUAUGUACGACGUUGGCUUCCUGAACUUGCUAGGAUACCAACUGAAUGGAUACACCACCCAUGGAAUGCACCAGAACCUGUCCUCCAAGCUGCUGGAAUUGAGCUGGGGUCAAACUACCCUCUUCCUAUUGUAGGGAUAGAUGCAGCAAAAGCCAGGUUGCAAGAAGCACUAUCAGAGACGUGGCAACAAGAAGCAGCUUCAAGAGCUGUAAUUGAAAAUGGAACUGAGGAAGGGCUUGGAGACUCCUCUGAAUCAACCCCAAUUGCCUUUCCUCAAGAUAUACAAAUGGCAGAGAAUCAUGAACCAGUGAGGAACAACCCCCCUACCACAAUUCGGCGUUAUGAGGAUCAGAUGGUCCCAAGCAUGACUUCUUCUUUGGUGAGAGUGGAAGAGGAAGAACCUUCUUUGGAUAUUCAAAAUUUGGCAGCAGAUAGCAGAGCUGAAGUCCCAACCGAUGGACAUGUAAAUCAAGAAGCAACAAGAAACACAUUAAACCCAGCAGUUGUUCAGAAUGUUCAUAGCCACAAUCUUCCACAAUUUAAUACUCCAAUAGUGCUGAGGAAUGCUGCAGAAGACUCCACAGCAGAAUCAUCUAGUAGUAUUAGGAGAGAGAGGGAUGGGGGUGUAGUUCCAGUUUGGUCUCCUUCAACCUCGAGUUACUCAGAGCAGUUUGUAGGUGAUGAAAAUGGUAUUGGAACUAGUUCAUCGUACUUGCAGAGGCAUCCUCAGUCUCACCAAAUAGUUAAUUGGAGGCGGCUAUCUCAAACUGGGUAGAACAUAUACGCACUAGAAGACUAGUAGCUCAGAGGUGAAGAUAUGUGUCAUGCAAUCCUGUGGGCCAAUGGGAUGGUGAACCAACACCCCACAUACUUCUUUCACCACCUUUCUUUCCUUUCUUGUUGUACCAUAUAUGCUGUAUAGUAAAUGUUGUCUUUGUAAGGGAAGAGGAGAGUCAUAAUAGGGAUGUGUAGUUCUCCAAUAAACCAGGUUUGUGCUUUCUCAUUUUAUUAAGUAGGCUGAUAUUUUAUUCUA